AUGGCAACCGUUAACUCGAAAAAACCGUCAUCCUCCACCGAUGGAUUCUUCCAAUCCCUGCCCCUCGUCCCACCAGCCUACACCUCCAACAACGACCACACCCAAUCCGCCCAAAAGCUUUCCGACGACACAGCCCUCGCCCGGGUAUUAGAUCUCUACCUCCCUCAGAAUUGCCCCUCGGUAACAACCUCCAUCCACAACCUAUCCCGCCUCGCCCUCGACCCCAAAAUCCUCCAACUGGGUGUCGACGCAGAGGUGAACCAACCUACCCUCAGAGCCCUCACGACAUUUGGCGAAGAGAACCGCGUUGACCCGCUGUGGGUGAGUGAGGGGUGGCGUAAACUGAAGGCCAUCGGACAGGAGGAAGGGCUUGUCGCUGUCGCUUACGAGCGAGAGAAUGAGUCCUGGAAUCGGCGAGUGCAUCAGUUUGCGCUAAAUCAUGUGUGGACUAGUAGUUCGGCUAUGACGGGGUGUCCGGCGUCCAUGAGCGAUGGGGCGGCGAAAUUGCUCUCUGCUCAUCUGGAUCGCCCCGACGGGGAUCAACCAGGGCGUGGUGAGGUGCUGAGAGAAUCUCAUCGGAGACUUGUAUCGCGAGACCCCAGUGUGGCGUGGACGUCUGGGCAGUGGAUGACGGAGCGCCGUGGCGGGAGUGAUGUUCGGGGGACGGAGACGGUUGCCCGGCGGUUAUCAGUGGAGGAAUUAUCCACGGAUAGUGCGCAAGGCAGGGAUCGAGACGCGCAUGGGCUGCCACUGGGGCCGUGGCGAGUUGACGGGUUUAAAUGGUUUAGCAGCGCCACGGACUCCGAUAUGACGCUUUUGCUGGCCCAGACCGGGAAGGGACUGAGCCUGUUCUAUGUUCCGAUGCGCCGCUGUGCCGGCGAUCAAGGGAAGGCACCUGAAUUGAAUGGUAUCCGGAUCCAGCGGUUGAAGAAUAAGCUGGGCACAAAAUCACUCCCAACCGCUGAACUGGAGCUGAAGGGUGUUCGAGGGUGGCUUAUUGGAGAGGAAGGGAAGGGCGUUAAGGAAAUUGCUACUGUUAUUAACAUUACUCGGCUCUACACUGCCGGUGGCUCACUGGGAUACUGGGGUCGCGGGCUGGCUCUCUGUCGCGCGUAUAGUAGGAUCCGCUCAACACAGGGGAAGCUUCUUCAAGACAACCAACUACAUGUGCGGUGGAUGGCGAGUGAGACGGUGAAGUACUGGGCAGAAAUGCAGCUGACCUUCUUUGCCGUUUCUCUACAGGGCACAAUCGAGCAAGACUGGGGUUUAAUGGUUCAAAACACCAAAGCGGCCAAGUUAAUCCCCAGCGAUGCGGCAACAGCGGCAGCUCUACUCCGACUGGUCACUCCCGUGAUGAAGGGUACUGUGAGUGUGAAUGCGGUUCAUGGACUUCGUUCCUGCAUGGAGUGCCUGGGUGGCGUUGGCUACUGCGAGAAUAAUGAAGACGGUGGUUUGCUCAACAUUGCAAGAAUCUUCCGCGAUGCCGCAGUCAACGCUAUCUGGGAAGGAACUGUCAAUGUGAUGGCGGAAGAUGUUGUUCGAGUGAUUAAUGACAAGCGCCUAGGAAAGGGAAAGAUUAUUGAGACAGUACUUGGUGCAUGGGCCAGACCUAUUCUUGCAGUGUGCAGCCAGAAACUGAGGGAGGAAAGCAAGAUUAUGGAGCAAUGCUUGGAUACCUUCCAAUCCAUUACGUCCAGGCAUACGAAGGAAGAGCUCCUAUACCGGGGCAGGGAACUCAUGCAGUAUAUCGAGGUAGUUGUAUGUGGCACGCUACUGAUAUACGAUGCUUUUUCGGACGAUAAUCGAGUUGCAAAAGAGGUUGCAUCUCGGUGGAUACGGGGCAACACUCCGUCAAGCAUCCAUAUCGCUUUACCUGCUACUACGUUGUCCGAGGAGUCUGCUACUGACAGGCGGGUAUUCCUGGGGGACACUCCCUUGUCCCACGGAGAACUCUCGAAGCUGUAG